UCGGUCGGCGUUGGCUGGUUGAUGGCUCACCCGACGGAUGGGACUGGAUUGGAUGGAUGGUUGCUGCGUGUCGCAGAGAGCGUCGCCUCGGCCUCCAUGCGUCGAUCCGGAGAAGCGGUGCUGAUCGUCCUGGCCUGCUUCCCCCCGAACUCUAGGUACGUAGGACCUGGAAGACACAUUUAUCCAACAUGAGCGCCCGCAAUAAGAUCGUCAAGCCCCUCGGCCAGCAGGCCGAUGAACUCGAGCUCCAGAUUGCUCAGCACAUCUUUGAUCUCGAGAACAACGUUGCCGAGCUCAAGGUCGAUCUCCGCGCUCUCCAGAUCACCGCUGCUCGCGAGAUCGAGGUUGGCCACGGCAAGCGCGCCAUCGUCAUCUUCGUCCCCUUCCCUCUGCUCAAGCAGUGCCACAAGGUCCAGAGCCGCCUCGUCCGUGAGCUCGAGAAGAAGUUCUCCGACCGCCACGUUCUUUUCGUUGCCCAGCGCCGCAUCGUCCGCAAGCCCGCUCGUGGCGCUCGUGUCGGCCAGAUGAGACCCCGCUCCCGCACCCUCACCUCGGUCCACGAGAAGCUCUUGGAGGAUCUCGUCUACCCCACCGAGAUUGUCGGCAAGAGAACCAAGGUCCGCGUCGAUGGCUCCAAGCUCAUCAAGGUCUUCCUUGACCGCAAGGACCACACCUCGCUCGAGUACAAGCUUGACACCUUCUCCUCUGCCUACAAGAAGCUCACCGGAAAGGAUGUUGUCUUUGAGUUCCCCGUCAGCGGAGCCAGCAACGAGUAAAUCACUCGUUGUGUUGACUGAAUAUAUAUAAUUGAUCUGCACACUGGUCCGCCCGCUCGGUUUUCCAGUGGUGGUGCGCUGGACUGUGCUCGUCAUGAUGACCUCGCUCCUCACCAA